CUCCCCUCCCUCCUCAGCCGUCUUCUCCCGCACUUCUCCUCCCCCCGCCUCCCUCUCCACGUCUCCCGCUGCGCCCCGCAAGCCUCCGGAGACCCAGACCACCCUCUGCCGCCUCCCUCUGCGACCCGGCCGACGAGGAGGUGUAUCACAUCACCAGCCGCAGGUGGAGAGAUGAGGAGAGCAAAGGGAAGGUCGGCCGCAGCCACUCCCUCUCCCCUUACACUUCUCCUUACUCUCUCGACUCCUCGCGGCUUCCUCCCCCGCUACUGCCCUCCUCCUCCUCAAAGAGCACGCUCAGUCUGCUUCAGACAGGAUUGAAGGACCGUGACUUCAGGAAGGGCAUCAGCAUCGACAACCAGGGCUUCCUGGACAAGCCGUCAUCACUGUCCGUUGGUUACCCUGACGACCACCGCCGCCAUUCCAUCGAAGUCUGCCUCCCACAGGCCGUCAUCACUGGCGAUGAACCCUUCACACAAGAGGCCCACCAGUCGGAGAAGGGUGGCCAGGCAUUUCCUGUCAGGGUGCAGUCAGUCGGGGGUGGCCACAGAAAGAAGAAGAUGAGUCCUCCCUGCAUAUCCAUCCACCCGCCCUCAGAGAAGGAACCACCCCAAAUCCCCUCCCUCCCAAAACCUGCCGACUGCAGCACGAUGCUGAGACGCAGGACGCCCUCCUAUGAUUUGACGCCACACACACAGGUGCCCUCUCCGACGCACAGAGCGCUAACACCGAUCCACAUACCUCUGCAAGCACACUCACCAACUCACACACUGACUCCCUCGCGGGAAUCUACUCCAACACACACUCAGUCAUACACUUCCCCGCACCCAUCCACACCUACACACCCACACAUCCCCAUCAGUCCGAACAUCUUCAUCCAGCCUCACGCACCUCUCGGCCCAAACACUUUCUCACAUACACGCUCCCUCUCCCCCGCUGCGAGGCACUCGUCUCUCACGGGGGACUGCAUCCCCCUCCCCCAGUUCACCUUCGACCAGCCACAGUCCAGAUACAUGAGCGGCCUAUCAGCUGGCCUGUCAGACGCUGACACGGCCACCUGCUCUUCCCCUUUCGACAACAGACUGGGAAGUGGUGCGGGAUUCAGUGCAAAGAACCGGAGGACCGCCCAGUGAACAUUGAGCGUUGCCUUCAGGAAGUUGUUUGUUUGGUCCCAAAAUCUCUGGAGCUGGAUUAGUGCGGCCUCAGCUGACCUCAGCAGAGAUUGGAUGCUACGGGAAGAAUUCGAAGUAUCCUGGGAGAGGAAUAUCCUUUGUUUUCAUUUUGUUGAAUACUGAAAAGACAUUGAUUUCUCUUUCCAGAGAGAUGCUGGUACAGUCCUGUCCUCGGAUAAUAUACAAUGGAUCUAUUAUCCUGAACCCAGCGCAAAGGACAGCAGCUCCGCUGAGGCUGAACCAGAGUAACAGUACCCACUGUACGUGGUGUGUUCGGACUAAUACUAUAAACACACCAGGACUAAAGCCACCUAACUCCGUAGCCAAAGUUUUUUUUUUGACACACUGUCCCUUCCCAUGCAAGCCAAUCAGGAAGCAGCGUCUGGCUGAACCUCUGACCUUUACAGGAAGCGGGUUUGUGAAAUGCGAGCAUGGGGGGAAUUGUGGGAUAUGCAACUUCAGGUUUUCUACAGAAGUUCUACUUGCCCCUCCUCUGCUCCUCGAUCACAUUGAUCAGAGCAGAAGUGUUUGUGUGUGUGUGUGUGUGUGUGUGUGUGUGUGUGUGUGUGUGUGUGUGUGUGUGAGUGAGUGAGUGAGUGUGCGUUUUCCUGUCGAAUCUGUUGUCAUGGAAGUCGGCCAUGUUAUUCUUACGCCUGCAACGACAGAGGAGGGGGAGCAGGGCAGAGCUGUAGUGUAUGUGUAUCUGUGCAGUGUACAUAAAGGAAAAUACUGUAUUUGGUGAGAUUAAAAAUAGCUCUAUCCAUAUGCACAUAUUUUUAUAGAAAUCUAAGAUGUUUUUGCACACAAAAUUUGAAUUUCAAGUUGCUUGUUUUCCCUCUGUUGUCCUCUUGUGAAUGUAUGUUUCUUUUCAAAGCAGAGAGCAGAACAGUGGAAGGGGAUCAACCCUCCUCUCAGCAGACUAGCUGCGGUGGAGGAGUGGGAUUUUAUUUUUCUAUUUUGAAAAAGAGAAAGAAGAGAACAGGGGUGUGAUGUGUUUCUGUAGCUUUGUCUCAGAUUUCUAUGUAUCCGGUGUCUAAAUAACAGUCUUAAGACGUGGGCUCAGUGAUGCGUUCCAAAUCGAUUUCAAGACGUUUCCCCACCUAGAUUCUGCAGCGAGUACGAUUUGAAUCUCCACAAAUUUAAAUCUCAAAAAAUAAAUGAAAAUUCCCACCGUUUUUAUUCGAGUAAAUCGUAUGCAACACAUUAGGAAUUGACUGCACUUUGUUUCUAUUAGACCUGACGAAUACACGUGAAGAAAAUCCAGUGUUAUUCUCACGACGCGGCAUCACGGAGCAUCUCUUCUUCAACUGUUUUCAAGCUGAAUCAGCUCCGACACCACUUAGUGUUUCUGUACAUCUAAAGACAACCAAACUUACUAAGUAUGUGUAGCCAGAGUGCAAUAAUAAUAUAUACUUGUGGUAAAUAUAGUGACCUUGACGCUAUAUAAAACAGCCACACUCGUGUUCGUACAUACUGUAGAACUACUAUAUACGAUAUAAACCCAUUUUAUAUGAUGAUUACGAGUGUUUCUAUCUCUAGUGUUCAUGCUACUUUAGGUUACCUGCCCCCUGCGUGUGGCGGUGGAACCUAAGCUGGAAGCUUCUGUUGUUUUGUCAGAAAGCUCAGGCCCACAUGCCGACGGUUGUUAUUGUAAUCUGAAGAGUGACAUGCAUCCCUGCUGAGGACUCAAUAAGACAUUCAUCACUGUUUCUUUUAAUCCACGCUGACUGUAAACAGAACAAUACAGUCAAGACUUCAUGUUUGUUUAAAGGUUCAGUGUGAAAGAUUUAGGUGAAAGGGAUCUACUGGAAAUUAAAAAUAAAAUAAUCCUAGUGGUGUUUCCACUAGUGUGGUUCAUCCCUUUAUAUUUAAAUAGAGGAGAGGCUCCUCUCUAUGGAGGCUGCCAUGUUUUUUACAGUAACCUUAUGAAACUGGAGGCUACCACAAGUUCUCUUUGGUGUUUGGAAGGGGGGGGUGGGGGGAGGGGUAUUCAGCUGCAACAUGCAACUUCACCACUAGAUAUCACUACAUUCUACACACUGAAACUUUAAAUGCAUGAGUCAUGGUAAAUGCACCUACCCACAGAUGAAAUCAUGCACCCACUGCAGGGUGUGAAUGACAAAGUAUGGUGAGCAUUUCCCUUCCAGUGGCUGAAUGUUCACAUAUGAAGCCAUACUUGUGUUCAGCAACAGCACAAUGUGUAUUUCUGUUUUGUGCACAAUCUGGUUUGGCACUGGCACAGGAGAAGCAUGCGUGUAAGCUGCUGGUACCGAUCCCUGACUUUCAAAGGCAGCUGGCUGGGUCGACGUCUUCGUGUUUAGUUUUGUUGUUCUUCUGUCUGAUCAGCAUGUAACAUGCACAAGUCCUCUAUAAUCUGAGGGAAACCAAAGUGCUUUGAUGCUGUACCAUAAUCACCUCAGGUUUUUUUUUUUCACAUUUGUGCAAAUUAAAAAUGAUGCAUCUCUAUAGCUAUUACCAACCAAACCGACCACAUUCAAAGCAUAUAUCCUUUUUCCUUUCACUCCAACUAAACUGGUGUUAAAAGGCCUCUGAUAGCUGCAGAGACUUUUGUAAGAGUAAGGUCUAAUAAAAAGGUCCAAAUUGUUAUAUUAUUAUCAUCAGAUUAUCUUUCAUUAGCUUUGCAUCCCUCCAGCAGUAUGCAUGUAACUGUUGAGUUAAAACAUGAGGAGAAAAGCAAGAGAAACGACUGUAUGUUUGGUUCAUUUUGCGACACGUCCACACCUUUGACCCGACUGGUUGGACAACAUCACAUUCAGCAGUGCAGCGCUGCAGCUGAAGGUUCAGGAGAGCGUAACGUAACAGAUAAAGUUAGAUAAAUGUCGGCGUCUCGCAAAGACAGAUUUAAAUCCUCUCAGUUCUGACAGCGUCUCAUCUGAUGUUGGAUUCUGAGACGUUGCACUCCCUCCUGAACGUGGCACAGUUGCUCAUUCUCCCUGGUUUUUAGAAUCAUUUUAUACAGUAUGUGCUUAAACACUCUGUCACCUUGCAACAUGUCCUGUUUCAUGUCCUCUUCCUGCACAGACUGUCAGCGCUGAAGGUUUUUAAGUGCAGUCUGACGACAGCCUCUUUCCGUUUCAUUCGUAUUUGACUUAGCGCAGACAACACCGGUCUCCAGCACAUUGCCAUAAUAAUCAAUACAGUUUGGUAGGGUGACUGCAUAUUUGUUCUUACGAUUUACAGAUCUUUGGAUCUCAGUAUUUAAAUCCUGUUUUUGAGGAAACAGUUUUGACUGUUGCAUGUUACGAUUUAAGAAAAAAAAACUUUUGGGAAAGAAUCAUCUGGAUGUUUUAGAGAUUUUGAUAUUUGCAUUUUCAGAUGUUUCCAUUUGUAGAUUGACUACCAAAUUGCACUGGGCUCUGAUUAAUUGGUAUCUGAAAAUGAUACCUGAUUAAAUGACCCUAUUCUUUAUUGUCCAAUGCAAUACUGGGUGGUUAUUUACUGUAUGAGGACGCAGCUCCUCUUUAUACAGUUUUAUAGACAGACAUGGAAACAGAACUGGUUCUAUUUUGUUUGGAACCAUUGUUAUUUAAUGUUGAGGUGAACCUUUAUUCACACAAACAUGGUAGAACUCUGGUGAUGGUGAAACUAAUUAACUGAUGUAUAUUUUAUGUAGGAGUAGCCUUGACCCUGAUGCUCUGUAACAGACAGAUCAGGUUUAGUAAUAAGUUGUAUUUUCUCGCUGGUCCGGCCUCGGAUUGAAGCCGCCACAACAAGUGUUGCCACAACAGCAGAUCCAGAUGUUCAAACUGUGAUAGAACUUGAUUUUGAUGAAUCAGAAGCCUUCUCUUUUCUUUCUUUCUUUCUUUCUUUCUUUUGUUUUUUACAACCCUUCAGCGAUUGGCCCAAGCACCCCCCCACCCCGAAACCACCCCCCAAGCCUUACAAGGAGGGGAGGAGGUGUGUUCUGUUUGUCGGAGGAGAGCCAAUGUGUCUGCAAUAAUAAGCCCUCCGUUAUUCCCCGUCACGGCGGGAGAAGGGAGGGGGACAGGGGAGGUGUUUUAAGGCUCGACACGCAGUCGGACUCUCUACAUUGUAUCGUUGCUGAUUAUUGUGUGAUGACCAACCGUUGUCCUGAAGGAUGUUUCCCUGUCAAUUAAAAAAUACAAGAUUUUUUUUAUUCCUGAAACGUCUUGUCUGCUUCGUUUCUUCAUUUCAUCUUUACAGUGUUUAAUCAAUCAGGAUU